AUGAGCAACUCCGAACACCAGGCCACGGCGGGUCGGCCGACGCCGCCACACGCGCUCGCCCUUCCGCACGUCGUCGAGGCCAUCGCCACGAGCUUGAGUAACUAUACUGACUUUGAGAACUUCGUGCACGUGGUGCCUCCAUCUCUCUGGACGCCGGCGCUCGCGGCCUUUCUCGAGUGCAUCACGGUCAUGCCAUCUUCGGUCAUUACUUAUUGGCCGUACAUUCUGCUGCAACAAAAGAGGUUGCCACCUUCGGUCAUGGCGCUGCUCGCAGCGACGCUGCCGCUACAGCCCCGCAUCCAUAUUGAGUGGCCGAUCCUCGACGCAGCAUCACUGGUCUCGCUCGUCGCCGUCCUUGGCCCGUCGCUCAGCUAUGUCACUCUCCAUUUUGGUAGCACCAGUGUGGCGGAUGGCCAAGCCCAAGCAAUCAACGAGCUCCUCUUGCAGCGCUGCCCGCGUCUGCGCUACGUCGCCAUGCACGUUGUUCCCCGCAUGGCGAACGCGCUUGGCGAGCUCAACGAUGCGCUCGCUGUCAUCGCCCACCCGCAUGUCCGCGACUCGUACCUCAACCUCGAGUUUGCGAUCGCGACACCGCGACUCGGCCAUCUCUUGGCUUCUUGGCUCUAA